AUGGCUGCUCUGACCAACCAAAUGGUAAGCGCGCAACUAAAUGGUAAGCGCGCAACUUUUCUAUUUGGUUCGUCCUGAAAUACAAACGUUACACAAAGACAAGUAUAGUCGUAUUCUCACGAAAUGUAUUUAUUUCCUAAUCGUCAAUUUUUUGUUCCCUUUUAGCUUGUUUUUGGAUUCUUGGGCUUCCUGUAUCCUAAGUUUCCUGAUGCACUCAGAGCAGCAUAUCUAAAAGUACACGUGUUUUUUGGUACAGCCAUAUUCUUACUGGCGAUUGCAGCCUGUUUGACUGGUAUUACUGAAAAGGCCCUUUGGACAAUAGGGUAAGUACCUUAUCAUGUAGAGUAAAGUUUUUAUUAUAGUUUCCGGCAAUAUUCGACUCAAUCAGCUUGCACAGUAUAGUAAGUACAAUACAGACAGUACAGUAAGGGUAUAUACAAUAUAGCACAGUACAGUAUAUUUAAAUAUACAUUAUAGACAGCAUAGUAGAGUUCAUGCAGUUGAUUUAAUUGAAUACAGUACAAUGGAGUACAUUAAAGUACAAUAAAGUACAGUAUGGAACAAUUCAGUGGAGUAUAGUAUAGCACAUACAAAUUACAGAUUACAGAUUACAGUGCAAUGUCUUCAGUACAGUGCGAUUCAUGAAGUGGAUUGUAGCACAGUACAGUGCACCAAACAACACCACACAACAACACAACACACUGCAGACAUUAAUUCAGCUGUUACAAACAAUAGGCCGCGACUAAAUUAGCAAUGAAAGCAUACAUAAGAAUAGUUUACUUCAUAGAAAUACAGUUGUUCAUGUUCAAUUUUCUUCCAUUUUGGCAGAUCCGUUUACGGUAAUCUUCCUCCUGUGGCCCUUCUGGUCAACUGUCUUGGUGUCGCUCUGGUACUACAUGGAGGUGUUACAUAUUUUCUCACAACAAAUGACAGCUUCAAGCAAACUGCAUCAAGUGAAGAGCAUCAAGAAUUACUGGAUCGUUCUAAACAAUAG